AUGUCAUACAGAACUCGAAACCCCGUAUACAAUACCGACAAUGGCGAAAAACCUCCUCCAUCAUUAGAUGAUGAGAGGAUCAGCCCGGAAACAUUCUCCAAGCUAGCUGCUCUUGAUCUCGAAUCUGAUGCAGAAUCAGACUCUGAAUUCGAGGAAGAGUAUGAAGAUUACCAGGAACCAUAUUACAGACGUGAAUACAGAUCAAAUCAAAAUGAAUCAUAUGGAGGUAGUUAUAGACCGCAAGCUACUUCUGGAAGAGAUGAGUAUUGCAGACCAACAGCUCCUUAUCCACCUUAUCCACCUUAUCCAUCAGAAUUUGAUGAGCAUCUUGAAAACCUUCGAGGUGCCCGGGCUGCCGGGUACGCUGCAGACAAAGAAGAUUAUCGCAGACCCCACGUUCCUUAUCCAUAUGAAGACCAAUAUGACAGUGGAAGAGACCCCCGACGAUCAGCUUCCCCUCACACACAAACCAGAUAUGAACCUGAUUCUACCUACCAAUACUCAUACUCAACCACAUCUUCAAGCCGCGCACGAGCAGAGACAUUAAGAGAGUUUGAGGAAAGAAGAGAUGAGAGAGAAAGAUUAAAAGAAAGACUUCAGACAAGAAAAGAAAAUCGGGAAGAAAGACUCAGAAGACAAGCCGAAGCCGAAGAAGAAGAAUUGAGGAGAUUAGAAGAGCAUUUGCAAUAUGACCUAGCACAAGAGGAAGAACGUACUAGAGAGCGUUUUAGGCAGAGACAAAACCGCUCGAACCAGGGGUUUGAUAGUCAUAGUAGAUACCAAGCCCGGGAAAGUUCCAGAUAUGAAGAAUCCAGAUUCUUUGAAUCUCGCGAAUCUCGUCCUCGUCCUAGCUAUAGAUCAGCUCCUAUGUAUGGAAUGGAUUAUGAGAGAAAGGAGGUUAGGGUUCCGGAGCCGAGACAGGGAGAGACAUUGAGAGUUAAAGUCCCUAAAGGUUGGAGAGUUGUGGUUGUGGCUGUGGAUUAG